AUGGCGGAGGAGGCGGCGGUGGCCGUGUGCGUGCGCCUGCGGCCGCUCAACAGCAGAGAAGAAGCUCUUAGAGAAGAUACGCAAGUUUACUGGAAAACUGACAAUAAUGCUAUUUAUCAAGUUGAUGGAAGUAAAUCCUUCAAUUUUGAUCGUGUCUUUGACAGUGAUGAAUCUACUAAAAAUGUGUAUGAGGAAAUCGCAGUACCAAUCAUAGAUUCUGCCAUACAAGGCUACAAUGGUACUGUAUUUGCCUAUGGGCAGACUGCUUCAGGAAAAACAUAUACCAUGAUGGGUUCAAAAGAUUAUUUGGGAGUAAUACCCAGGGCAAUUCAUGACAUUUUCCAAAAAAAUUAA